AAGAGCCCGGGGAGCGCCGAGCGGCCGCUGUUCGCCUGCGCCGCACUCGGAGCUGCUGACUGACUGAGCGCUCCCGCCCCUCCAGGCCGCCCGCCCACCGCCGCCGUCAUGCCCUUCUCCAAUGGCCACAACGCGUUGAAGCUGCGCUUCCCUGCCGAGGAUGAGUUCCCCGACCUGAGCGUCCACAACAACCACAUGGCCAAAGUGCUGACCCCCGAGCUGUACGCAGAGCUGCGCGCCAAGAGCACGCCAAGCGGCUUCACGCUGGACGACGUCAUUCAGACUGGCGUGGACAACCCGGGCCACCCGUACAUCAUGACCGUGGGCUGCGUGGCGGGCGACGAGGAGUCGUACGAGGUGUUCAAGGCACUUUUCGACCCCAUCAUCGAGGACCGGCACGGCGGCUACCAGCCCAGCGAUGAACACAAGACCGACCUAAACCCGGACAACCUGCAGGGCGGCGAUGACCUGGACCCCAACUACGUGCUGAGCUCGCGGGUGCGCACGGGCCGCAGCAUCCGCGGCUUCUGCCUUCCCCCGCACUGCAGCCGCGGGGAGCGCCGGGCCAUCGAGAAGCUCGCGGUGGAAGCCCUGUCGAGCCUAGACGGCGACCUGGCGGGCAGGUACUACGCGCUCAAGAGCAUGACCGAGGCGGAGCAGCAGCAACUCAUCGACGACCACUUCCUCUUCGACAAGCCGGUGUCGCCCCUGCUGCUGGCCUCGGGCAUGGCCCGCGACUGGCCGGACGCCCGCGGCAUCUGGCACAAUGACAAUAAGACUUUCCUGGUGUGGAUCAAUGAGGAGGACCACCUGAGGGUCAUCUCAAUGCAGAAGGGGGGCAACAUGAAGGAGGUGUUCACUCGCUUCUGCACUGGCCUCACCCAGAUUGAAACUCUCUUCAAGUCCAAGAACUACGAGUUCAUGUGGAACCCUCACCUGGGCUACAUCCUUACCUGCCCUUCCAACCUGGGCACAGGGCUGAGGGCGGGUGUGCACAUCAAGCUGCCCCACCUGGGCAAGCAUGAGAAGUUCUCUGAGGUGCUCAAGCGGCUGCGGCUUCAGAAGCGGGGCACAGGUGGUGUGGACACAGCUGCUGUGGGUGGGGUUUUUGACGUCUCCAAUGCAGACCGCCUGGGCUUCUCAGAGGUAGAGCUGGUGCAGAUGGUGGUGGAUGGAGUGAAGCUGCUCAUCGAGAUGGAGCAGCGGCUGGAGCAGGGCCAGGCCAUUGACGACCUCAUGCCUGCCCAGAAGUGAAGCCUGGCCCAUGCCACCACCAGCCUGCUGCUUCCUAACUUAUUGCCCCUGGCAGUGCCCGCCAUGCACCCCUGAUGUUCACGGCCUGGCGGCUGAGCCCUUAGCCUCUCCGUAGAGACUUUUCUGUCGCCCUGGGUAGAGUUUAUUUUUUUGAUGGCUGAGCUGUUGCUGAUGCUGAAAUAAACUAGGGUUUUGGCCUGCCCUGCCUC